CCAGUCAGCAGGCGGCGAUGUGCGUCUUUCAGGCGACGCUGCCAGCGUGACGUAUAAUCUAGUGGACUGUUCUUCAGAAACAGCUCGUCAACCACCUCGGUAGCUUGCUAGCCAACAUAGCCGAAAGAUUCAAGAUAUUUAUACGCUUUCGGUGUAUAUUAGCUGAUGUGUUUUAGACACACUUCUGUUGUAUCUACUUGUUAACCUAUUUAAUUUAAUAUUACGUUAUUUUGUAUUAGUCAGCUAUAGUAGCUGUCUGGUUAAGUUAGCACUAGCCUAGUCGCUAAUGAUAGCUAGAUAACAUCCCCGACCAUGAGCUCCCUAAACUUCUCCCCUCCUGUUAAAGAAGAGGAGAUCUGCUGGACGGAGAAAGAAGCUCUGGGGCUGAACAUUGUGGUGAAAGAGGAGAAGGAAGAGGAUGUCACAGUUAAAAAACAAGUAGAGGGUGAGUCUGUUACAGUGAAAGAAGAAGAGAAAGACGUUUCAGUGAAAGAAGAGGAAGAUGCGUUCAGAGUGAAAGAGGGGGAGGAUGUUAAAGUAAAAGAAGAGGAGGACGGGAAAGAGGAUGUCGUUUUUGGAGUGAAGAAGGAAGGGGAUAUUACUGUCACAUUGAAAGAUGAAGAGGUGGAGAUAGGAGAUCUGAUUAACACCAGAGAGAGAUGUGACCAUCGUGGAUCCUCUGGGGAGCCUCAACAACCUCAUGAUGCUGACGAGGCAGAGAAGAGUCUCUCCAGAUCAGAACUCCUCCAGAAACACCAGCAGAGACCCACCGGGAAGAUAUCUAACUGCUGCUCUGAUUGUGGGUUAUAUUUCUCAAUACCAAAUUCACUAAAAGAACACCUGAGAAUGCACAUUGGAGGGAAAUCUCACUGCUGCUCUGACUGUGGGAAGAGAUUCAACUCUUCAUCAGACCUUAAAAUGCAUCAACGAAUUCACACAGGAGAGAAAUCUUAUAUCUGUGAUCAAUGUGGGAAGAGUUAUACUACAUCUAGCAAUCUAACUAUACACCAGAGAACACACAAAGGAGAUAAACAAUAUAGCUGUGAUCAAUGUGGGAAGAGUUUUGGUGCAUAUCAAUGUCUGACUAGACACCAGAGAACACACACAGGAGAGAAACCUUAUAGCUGUGAUCAAUGUGGGAAGAGUUUUGGUGCAUAUCAAUGUCUGACUUUACACCAGAGAACACACACAGGAGAGAAACCUUAUAGUUGUACUCAAUGUGGGAAGAGUUUUUCAAGAUCUAGCUGUCUAACAAAACACCAGAGAACACACACAGGAGAGAAACCUCAUAGCUGUAAUCAAUGUGUGAAGAGUUUCUCUACAUCUAGCUAUCUAAAGAUACACCAGAGAACACACACAGGAGAGAAACCCUAUAGCUGUAAUCAAUGUGGGAAGAGAUACUAUGAUAAAUGGUCUCUGAUUAGACAUCAGAAAAUACAUGGAGUUGUUUCAUGAUAUCAAUUAAAUAAUGUCACAAUGUAGAAUGUUUAAACAUUGUAGUAGGAGUAUUUUAAUGAUGUCACAAUGUAGAAUGUUGUAACAUUGUAG